AGUAUGUCGGGGAAUUCCAAGACGCGGGAAAAAAUGAAAGAGGGAGGCUUGUCGCACGAACAACACCGGGCCAUAUUUUUUUCUCUCUCCUUUGUGCAUUUUUACAUAAUGUGCGAUGAAUACCCAAACAACCUACGAGUGACGCUGACUAUACUGCUUGUGGCGCUAGUCUGCCAUAUGGUGCAGUUAAUCUACAACAACACGAACACUGCCAUGACCGUCGACCUCAACCCCACGUAGGCCUACAUCAUUACAUGCACUACAUGUACAUGUAUGUGCUGCGUAAGAAAGGCCUGACUUUAACCAGUUAAUUCGUGAUGGCACAAGAGCUAGGCUAGAGCUUAAUCAAGUUAUUGCUUUUUAAAGAUUAAAAGCCGGCGAUCGUAAGUGCCAGGUAGGACAUAGGCUUUUCGGCCUACACAUCUCAAGGAGCCAUAGCGUUGAUUUUGACAACCCCGGCCGGAUAGCCUUCAGAAGUCUGUGCACAGGGAUCUGACGUUCGGCGUUGAACUGUGCUACUGCCUACAUCUAGUAUCUACAUACAACAAGGGUGGCAGCUUGUUUGCCGUGGUUUGUGUGCGCACAGCCUGGAUCUCUGCCGGGAUUUGACGGCCGCGUAAUAAGCCGCCUUAUUUAAGGAACCAUGGAUCAAAUCGGGGAAGAAAGAAUGGCUGCCGAUUUUGCCUCAUCGGUUCAGGUUGGUAACCCAUCAGAAGUCCAAGCUGGAGACCACCAAGGCAUUGGACAGCUAAUUCAGAGACGACAGGACCCAAGUUGCAUAGAUGCAGCCGGUAACAGCCAGGCCAAUCAGGACGAGCCCCAAGGAGGCGUCGCUUCCAUUGAUUCCGGAGUCGAGCUGCCUGUUUUGCCCGAGCAUGGCAGCCCAAGUGGGGCCCAGGUUCACUUGGAUGCAGCAGGGGAUUCCAUAUCUAACACACCGGCCGCUACUUAUCUCCGGGACCAGCCUAAUAUUCAGCAAACCUUGGACAACAUAGCAGUCCAGCCUGACCUUGCCAGAGAUCCGCUGCGUGGAGGGGUGAACUAUGGCAGUCUGGCCGAUUUGAAAAAUUUUGCUGAAAAGCAAGAUGAGAUAAGAAAGCAGGGAUUGACACUUCCAGGACAGGAUGGAAUAUUGUUGAAAGGCGAAAAGUUGCAUAUCAACAACAACAACUAUCGGGAAAACGCAGAGUUCGACAAAUUGGUCCCACCACUAGGGGAAGGGUCAUAUGGUGAGGUUAGCAUCAUCAGAGACAAGAGGACCAAACAGGACGCCGUGGCCAAAUACAUCAAACUUAAAGAUUUUCAAGUCAACGAGGCAGUGAAUUGGUGCCAUUUGACCGACCGCUCUCCUUUUAUCGUGCGCUUCCUGGGCCUCAUCCGGACGGACGUCACUAUCAUGUUCCUCUCGGAGUACAAUCCUGGCUUCCGGACGCUGGAGAGUUUCAGGGAAGGACGCAACUUCCGCAUUGACCAGAUGCAGGCGCUGGGUUUGAUGGACCAGCUUUUUCAAGCAUUGGCUUACAUGCAUGGCCUGAAGAUUAUACACAAAGACAUUCACGGCAACAACAUCUUGGUUAGCCCGAGCCUGGACAGGGUACGCCUCAGGUUGAUCGAUUUUGGCGAAUCCAAGAGGAUCACGGGCAGAGAACAAGAUGUUCGUGAUGACGAGUAUUACGAUGUGUGGUGCGCUAUAUUUGUAUACAUUCGCCUUCUUGGGGGAUGCACUUCCUCACUGGACUAUGAAAGCAGGACAAAUUCUCAGCAAGUGAAGUUGCCUUCCAACAUUGACGAAAGGCUGCGUCACUUCAUCCAGCAUGUCAUCAACAGGCGACUCAAAGCAUUUGAAGUUGUGGACCUUAUAGGAAAGAUUGGGAGGGAGCUGUACUCUGUUUACGUGACAGGCCCACCAACAGAUGACUACGUGCCCCCAGAUAUGGGGGAUGGUCUGUGAAGGAUAUCCGACCCCUGCACUCUCGUUUCAAAUGCCUUUCCCAUUUAGAACACGACCUGGGUUUGCAAGUUCCCCCGAAAAUGCUGCGGCCAUAAAAAGUCAGUUGAUUGACGUCUGCCCCCAACACACGUGAUACCAUCAGUAAAUAUUAAGCAGAUGUCAGACGGCCACCAGUUAGUGUGUGGGCUUGAAGCCUGUUGACACAUAAAGGGAAGAUAAAACUAACUAGUUUUUGUAGAUUGACUUACGUAGAAGUUAGAAUUAUGUUUUCAGUCCUCUACAAUUUGACACACACACCCCAAGGAGUUGGGGUUGAUAUAUUUUGAGCAAAAUCUGAUUUGUAAAUAAUUCAUUUGUAUUCGAAAACUAUUAAGCUUGUAAAUACAGUUUUAACGCAGCGCCAUAUUCUGAAAUGAUGACUUAAAAAUGUGAUCCUUAAAAAUUUGAACUUUGGAAAUGCAUUUCUAAUAAUCAGUGAAAAUGGAGGUGCUUACCCUGUCAGUCAUGCUCACGUGUCUUGUAGCUAGACCAUUUUUACAUGUCCUCUCCUGUAAAAUGGUCAGUAGUAAAGAUCAGGACUUACUUCACAUGGCCAAUUUGAGAGUGUUGACAGUCAUGCAAUGUUGACCUAACUCGAAGUUACUGGAGACCGGGCCACACAGCCCUCAGUCUUUCUGAUGAUCUUCCAUAAUUUUGAAUAGAUGGAAUCCAGUCAUCACAAGUCAGGUACGAGUCAUUCAGCCCUUUAGUCAACUCAUUCCCUACUCAUUGUUUCCCUCGUUAGUUCUGAACUGAUUUAUGGUCCGACUUAUGAACUGAUUUGUGGUCCGACUUGAUUCCAUCUCUAAUUUUUAAGCCAUGUCGGCAUUUGACCAAGUCACAGUAUCUCUUUUUGACGGUACAUAAAGACCUCUUUGUAACAUAUUGUACAUCA